AUGUCGUUCUUCGCAGGAAGUCCAUUUUCAUCUGCAGUGGGGCAGCGUAUUGAGCAGGCAACUGAUGCUUCAUUGCCUUCUGAAAAUUGGACCUUGAAUAUGGAAAUAUGUGACCUAGUCAAUGAAAGUGAAGAUGGGCCGAAAGAUGCAAUUAAAGCUAUAAGGAAACGUUUGCAGCAAAAUGCGGGUAAGAAUUAUACAGUUGUAAUGUAUACAUUGACCGUUUUGGAAACUUGUGUGAAGAAUUGUGGCAGAAAGUUUCAUAUUUUGGCAUGCAAUAAAGAGUUUGUUCAAGAGCUUGUGAAACUUAUUGGACCUAAGAAUGAUCCACCAACAGCAGUCCAAGAGAAGGUAUUAAGCCUUAUACAGAGUUGGGCAGAUGCAUUCAGACAUCAAGGUGAGCUAGCUGGAGUUGUCCAAGUGUAUACUGAUCUUAAGCAGAAGGGCAUCGAAUUUCCUAUGACCGAUCUAGACACAAUGGCACCAAUCCACACUCCUCAACGUAGUGUUCGUAAUUCAGAGCCACCAGCUUCCACUCCAGUUUCUCCGUCAGUGGCAGUGCCAGUAACAGGCCCUCGAACCCCUAGUCCUGCCCAUGCUGUCCUCACAGAGCCACACAGCCCUCAGCAGACAUCGGGAGCUGUGACGCUCUCUCCAGAGCAAUUAGCAAAGUUGCAAAGUGAAUUGGAUGUUGUGCAAGGAAACAUGAUGGUGUUGAAUGAAAUGUUGAGUGAGUUGACACCUGGCAAAGAACAUCCUAGUGACAUGCAACUGUUGCAAGAGCUGCAUGAAACUUGCCAAGCAAUGAAACACAGACUGGUGGAAUUAAUUGGAAAAAUUAACAAUGAUGAAGUCACAGCUGAACUGCUACGUAUCAAUGAUGAACUUAACAAUGUUUUCCUGAGAUACAGCAGGUUCGAAAACAACAGGAGCCAUCCAAAUCCUGCUACAGCUGCUCCUGAAAGCUUAGAUCUACUGUCUGGCAGCCCUGCAUUACAAGAUAUGGACCUUUUGGAUACAACCCCUGCUUCAGAUGCUCUCUCACCUGGUUUAGUAGAUCAGGCAGAUGCAUCAAAGAAGGCAGAUAAGGAAGAUUCAGAAUUCGACAUGUUUGCCCAGUCCAGAAAUGUCACUUACGAAUCUUCGAAAAAAGGAGGAAGUACUUACAAAGACAACUUAGAUCCUGAUCAAGUGAAUGGCUCCUUAGGGGCUGUGGCUCAGACAAGAGCUCAAACGGGCCUGACUGGUAACGAGAGAGAAUUUGACGAAAUGGCUGCAUGGCUAAAUGACAAGCCUGGAGCUGCUGCCGCCGCUGCUGCUGCUGCUGAUGUAAAAGCUGGACCAGAGGAGUCGCUGACUAGUGGAGAAUUUGAACGCUUUCUGGCCGAGCGAGCAGCUGCUGCAGAUACACUUCCAAAUGUGGAUGGGGCUAGGCCUGGCUCUGCAACCACUACCCGGCCGCACCAUCCAAGGCAGCUGAACAAGGAAGCAGACUCGGAGAGUUCACUUUUUGCAUUGUGA